AUGCCCGAGCUCUACGUCUACGCCGAGCUUCUGUUGCACAUCCGUCAACUGACUCUGUACGCAUCGCUCUCGGAGGAUAAACACAAGGGCACCCAGAUCUUUAUCUCGUCCGACAAGAAAGUGAUUACGGCGGUCUACGGCGAUGAGAGAGCCAGCAUAUAUCUUCCAACUCAGAUCAAAGGCACGGCGAACGUGACCUUCCCACUCGGCAAGCGGACAGAGUUCUCGACGAAGCUACAGAUUGACGACCAGAAUGAGCUACAGCAUGCUAUCGAGACGUCCUCCGAGAUCCAGGUGCCAUGUACUGCAACAUCGCUUCAGCCUGGUGUGCAGCUGCGAUGCAAGGCAUGCUCGGCGAUUGUGGUCGAGGAAGGCGUCAUUGUUCAAUGGAAGGAUCUGCCUAGUGAGAACUGGGCCGAGCUGAUGGACUUGUGGUUCUGUCACAAGCCUCACGAGCAUGAUCACGAUCACGAUGACACGAAAGCUGCGGCUGCGUCGAAGGGUUUCGCGGAUCAGUCGAAGAUUCUGAAUGAGCGUGGGACAGGAAUGGUCGACAGCCUGUCCUUCUUAAUCCAUGGAGAUGACAGCAAAGCUAUUCAGUCCGAUGACCAGGAUGUAUCCGAAAUUCCACCGUCUCUUCAAGUCGCGGCUGCAGAUCAACGACCAGACCUAUUCUUGCAGCAUCUUCAUCGGCGCCCAGCUCCUCCAACUCAUCGAACACACCACCUCACGGCGCGUUGUUAUCCACCUUCUCCACCUCGGGAGUCCGACUCCAAGUCUCACUCCUCCCCACCGCCUGGUCUGCUCCUCUGGAUCUUCAACCCGGAUAUCUAUUAUUCCGCCUCCCGUCGACGCGAUCCGGAACCUACAGUUCACCGCGCCCUCAAGGUAUUCUACCAAGAAGUUUCCGAUCCCGCUAAGCUGCUAGACUCGCAUCAAAGCACACUCGAAGAACUCGCCCUCCCAAAGCCAGAAUACGAGACUUUUUACAAAGAGCUAGUCGGGAGCAAAGACUACAUGCCAGUGUCAGCCCGCACAUUCCAGGACUGGCAAGUCGGGCUGCUGGACCGGUGGGAGGAGACGGCGUCUGGUCUGGGGGCGAUGGACCAGAACGCGUUGAAUCGUGCAGUGGAAGGUGAUAUGGAGCUAUUCAAAGCCGCCAAAGUCGAUUUGCCUGGGUCGGAAGGCUUGUAUGACUGA